UUGAGGUGGACAAAACUGAAACCGAGCGAUUUUGUAGCUGUGACAUUUUCAUGCUAUUUUUUAAGGUAGCAGCAAAGACUUCGCUUUCAGUUAGUUACACAAGAAGAUGAAGAUGGGUCCUCUUACGAUGGAUACCAUCUUUGAUCUCAUCGAAGAAGCUAAACUUCGUUUUCUUUGGUGGUCUCUUUGUAUUUUCGCCAUUUCCUAUUUCUUAACUCAUACAAGUAAAUCAAUGUGGAUGAAUGUACCAAUGUCCAUUCUUUUUUUCACUGGUCUGAGGAUUCUUGUGAACAAGGUGGAGUUUCGUUGGAAGGUUCAGCCACCUAAAUUACAGACUUACCUAUCUCAUUUGGAGAAAAAGCAAUUGCCUCUAGACGAAGAAUGCCUCUCUAAUUCACCUCCCCCUCCUAAAUGGAAGAAGAAGAUUGAUUCUCCUGCAGUGGAGGCUGCCUUGAACGAUUUCAUCGAUUUGAUAUUGAAGGAUUUCGUGAUAAAUAUGUGGUAUGCAGACAUUACUCCAGAUGGCGAGUUUCCUGAGCAAAUACGCGACUUAAUCAUGGAUGCUCUUGCUGAAGUCGCAGUCAGGGUUAGAGAGAUAAACAUUGUAGACUUGCUCACAAGUGAUAUAGUUGAUUUAAUAAGUGAUCAUAUAGACCUCUUCAGAAGAAAUCAAGCUGCUAUUGGUGUUGAUGUUAUGUUAACAUUAUCUUCUGAGGAGAGGGAUGAAAGGUUGAAAUUCCAUCUGUUGAAUUCCAAGGAGCUUCAUCCAGCACUAAUAUCUCCAGAGAGUGAGUACAAGGUUCUUCAGCGGCUCAUGAGUGGAGUAUUAGCUACGGUACUAAGAAAACCAGAAGCUCAAUGUCCGGUCGUUCGAUCAAUAGCUCGGGAAAUUUUAACUUGCUUGAUAUUGCAACCUGUAAUGAAUUUGGCAGGCCCUGCGUAUAUCAAUGAGCUGGUUGAGUCUCUUCUACUAGUUCUUAAUGACGGGGAUAUGAAUUGGAUGGGCGGUGGUGAAAAUCAGACUUCAAAUGCUACAACUCAUAAUCAUGGUCACUCAGUUACUGCUGAGGGUGGACAUGAUAAUCACGCAGCCUCGGCUGAUUGGGCACAAAUGCUCGACGCUGCAACUCAGAGAAGAACUGAAGUUCUCAUGCCUGAGAAUCUCGAGAACAUGUGGGCAAGAGGAAGGAAUUACGGAAGGAAAAAUCGUAAAAAUACCAAAGCUGGUUCUUCUUCAAAAUAUUCUUCUGUAGAUCAUUCACUGUUUGAUAGACAUUUGGCUCAUGAAACAACAUCAGUGGGUAAGCAUGGAACACAUGCUUAUUCAUUGCAUAGUGUCGGCUCGGAUCCCCUACUAUACGAUGGAAGCACAGCUAUGUCUGAGUGUUCGGCAGAUCACGACAAGGAUUUAUCUUUUGAAGCAGAUCAUCAAGCUGACGAAGUGAAUGAUAUCAAGGAGCUUGGUUUGAGUAAGCAUAAACAUCUGCUCAGGAGAUCCGGUAGUUCUUCUGUCUUGGGAAACCAAUCUCAUAAAGGAGGGCCCAAUGUGGCUGAGUGCCACUCCCCUGAGUUUAGGAAGCAUGAAGGAUUUUGGGGAAAGAGUGGUUCUGACAUGGUUAUUAGGAGAGAGGCACAAUCUGUUCCAAAGCUUCGGUGCCGGGUGAUGGGAGCAUAUUUUGAGAAACUUGGAUCCACUUCUUUUGCUGUAUAUUCAAUUGCAGUCACUGAUGGACAAGAAAAAACUUGGUUUGUAAAACGAAGAUACAGGAACUUUGAGCGGUUGCAUCGACAUCUAAAAGAUAUUCCCAAUUACACACUACAUUUGCCUCCCAAAAGGAUAUUUUCGUCGAGCACAGAGGAUGCUUUUGUACAUCAGCGUUGUAUUCAACUCGAUAAAUAUCUCCAUGAUCUUUUGUCAAUAGCAAAUGUUGCUGAACAACACGAAGUAUGGGACUUCUUGAGUGUUUCCUCAAAGAAUUACUCUUAUGGAAAAUCUUCUUCAAUGAUGAGGACCCUGGCAGUCAAUGUAGAUGAUGCCGUGGAUGAUAUCGUACGACAGUUCAAAGGCGUUUCAGUUAGUUUGAAGCGAAAUAUUGUCACUGCAUCAUCCCCCAACGCUGAAGGUUCUUCUACGUCUAUCCCUUGGAAUAUGGAUGAAAUGGAUAGAAGUACUUCAAGGAAAAGUGCUGCAGACAGUGCUUUGAGCUCUGAUAACGAGGAAGGUGAAAAAGAAGCCAAUUACGGCCAUGAGAGUAUCGAUAGAGAAGUAGCAGAAGAAAGUGCAUGGCAUUCUGACAAUGAGUUGAGCUCGAAGGAUUAUCCACAAGGGGUAACCAACCAUGGUAAUGAGUCUAGUAACUUGGAUCAUGAUAGAAAACAUGAUGAUGUGAUGGAAGCAAAAGUUGGAAAGGAUGUUCCUGCUACAAAUGUAUCUCUAAGUCAUGAUAAUCCGGAAGAUCCGAUUGGAGUGCCACCUGAGUGGACUCCACCUAAUGUGAGUGUCCCUAUUCUGAAUUUGGUUGACAACAUAUUUCAGCUUAAGAAAAGAGGCUGGCUAAGAAGACAGGUCUUUUGGAUAUCAAAACAGAUAUUACAGCUGGUGAUGGAAGAUGCUAUCGAUGAUUUGCUCCUUAGCGAGAUUCAUUGGCUCCGGAGAGAAGAAACCAUUGCCCAAGGAAUUCGGUGGGUCCAAGAUAUCCUCUGGCCUGGUGGCACAUUUUUCUUAAGAGUUCAGACCCCUGAAGUGUUUAUUGGUGGCGGUGCAAUUGAUCACAAACCUUUACAAACCAUAAGUGAAUCUAGUGGAAGGAGCAUGCGCAAAUCGCGAUCAGGGUGUUUCGAGGAACAACUAGAAGCUGCUCGUAGAGCAAGUGAUGUGAAGAAACUUCUCUUUGACGGAGCUCCAGCAGCCUUGGUUAGAUUAAUCGGACAGAAGCAGUACAGACGUUGUGCCAGUGAUAUAUAUUACUUUAGUCAGUCUUCUAUAUGUGUGAAGCAACUUGCUUAUGCAAUCCUUGAACUUCUCCUCAUAUCCGUCUUCCCCGAAUUACGCAAUGUCGUCAUGAGUGUUCAUGAGAACAUGCGUGUUCAUCAACCUGUAUAGACUGCAUGAAUUUCUUUCCAGUUGGUUGGAGUGGCCUGCUUAUGUUCAAAAUCAGUUCUUGAGAUUAGGAAGAGAGUGUUUUUUGUGCUAUACAAGAGCCAUGAUUGAUGAUUUUUUCUUCAUUAGGGGGAAAUUCUUUUGUAAACUUAUAGAUUUUGUACAGAAAGAUUAAUUCAUUUUUGUAUUGUGUGGCAGACUUGUGAAAUGCUUCUAGUGAAUAUUUUUGUCAAUCUUCA